AUGAUAUCUACUUUAAUCAUAGUUUUCGUUUCAUUGCUCGGCUUGUCUGGUGUAUAUUCGAAUAUAGCCGAUUUUGAUUGUUUUGAACGAGCUGAUACUGGGCUAGGUCGUGCUUAUUUUGAAGUUUAUGCUUGGCAGGCAAGUAAUAAAACAUGCAUGAAAUUUAUUUAUGGUGGUAUGCAAGGUAAUCGAAAUAGAUUUUCAACAAAUGAAGAAUGUUAUCAAUCAUGUCAUGAUGCUCUUCUACGUCAUCAAUUAGAUUUUAAAUCAAAUCAUCGCUAUAGUGCAGCUAAUCGUUUAUAUGAAAUAGUUCAAAUUGCACUUCGUGUAGAAAAAGUUGAUAAUGGUUAUUUUAAAUUAUUUGCUGAACCUUCUGGAAAAGUACUUGGUAUAACUAAUACACGUAAUGAAGUAAAUAUGGAAAUGCAAGAAUCUAAUGAUGAUCAAACACAACAUUGGGAUAUUAUUCCAACAGGUGAAAAAAAUUAUUUUAGAAUUAAAACACGAGCAAGACCAAUUGGACAACUGGAUUACAUGUUUUUACAAGUUGCUGAAAAUGAUCAAAUGCACGUUAGUUUAGGUAGACGUGAUGAUACUUAUCUUGGUCAACAAUGGCAAUUUGUUUAA